AUGCGGCCGUCGGGGGCCUCCCGGCAGGCGACGCUGUUCCAGGCGUGGGGCGGCCGGCCGGCGCCCUCGGGCAGCCGGCGGGGGGACGGCGAUGGCGACGACGACGAGGCGCUGCUGCGGGCGGCGCUGGAGGCCGAGGCGGCGGCGGCGUCGGGGGGCGAGGGCGUCGGCGUCGGCGGGGGGCCCCUGGCGGGGGGCUUCGUGGGGGGCCCCGCGGGCGGGCUGUGGCUAUUCCCGUGGGGCCGCGGCGUGGAGGAGCGGGGCUACCAGGUGCAGGCGGCGCGGGCGGCGCUGGAGUCCAACACGCUGCUGUGCCUGCCCACCGGGCUGGGCAAGACGCUGGUGGCGGCCGUGGUGCUCCGCAACUUCCACCGCUGGUUCCCCGCCGGCCGCGCCGUCUUCCUGGCCCCCACCAAGCCCCUCGUGGCCCAGCAGAGGGACGCCUGCGCGCGCCUCGCCGGCAUCCCCCAGGCGCACAUGGCCCGCAUGACCGGGGGUACCCAAGUUGCGGAUCGGAAAGAGAUCUGGCAGAGCAAGAGGGUCUUCUUUCUUACUCCUCAAAUAAUGAUUAACGAUCUUUCCCGCGGGUUGUGUCCUGCAGCAGGAGUCAAGUGUCUGGUUAUUGACGAGGCCCACAAAGCACUUGGAAAUCAUGCCUAUUGUCAGGUUGUGAAGGAAUUAUGCAAAUAUACCCAACAGUUCCGCAUUCUGGCUCUAAGUGCCACUCCUGGCAGUGACACCAAGGCUGUGCAGCAAGUAAUUUCCAACCUGUUGAUUUCACACAUCGAACUCUGGUCGGAAGAUUCCCCUGAUAUUCAGCCUUAUUCCUAUGAACGGCUGGUUGAGAAAUGUGUCGUUCCACUUGGAGAAGAACUGUCUGAAAUGCGGGCUGCCUACAUCCGGGUCCUGGAAUCUUUUGCUGGCCGACUUAUUCGGUUCCGGGUUUUAGCCCAGCGAGAUAUUUCUGCUCUCACAAAGUAUCAAAUAAUCCUAGCAAGAGAUCAGUUCAGGAAAAAUCCUGCAACCUGUGUUACGGGGGUGCAGCAAGGGAUAAUAGAAGGAGAUUUUGCUCUUUGUAUUAGUCUGUAUCAUGGUUACGAGCUGCUGCUGCAAAUGGGAAUGCAGUCAUUGUAUAUCUUCUUAUCUGGAAUUAUGGACGGAACCAAAGGUAUGACUCGUGCCAGAAACGAACUGAGGCGGAACGAGGAGUUCAUGGCGUUGUACGGCCUGCUUGAAGGCAUGUUUGCAAAUCCAUCUGAGACUUCAGCAAACGGCAGCAUGAGAUCAGGAAAGGAAAAAUUGAAACCGUUCAUCUAUAGUCACCCAAAGUUAAAGAAAUUAGAAGAGGUUGUUGUAGAACACUUCAAAUCCUGGAAGGAACAUGGAGCUGAAAGCAAACCUGCCGAUACCAGAGUCAUGAUCUUCUCCUCUUUCCGCGACAGCGUUCAUGAAAUUGCGGAGAUGCUGAGUCGGCACCACCCAGUCGUGAGGGUCAUGACUUUUGUGGGGCAUUCAACAGGGAAGAACGCAAAAGGCUUCACACAGAAGGAGCAGCUUGAGGUGGUAAAACACUUCCGUGCGGGCGGCUACAACACGCUGGUCUCCACGUGUGUGGGAGAAGAAGGGCUGGACAUUGGAGAAGUCGAUCUCAUUGUCUGUUUCGAUGCUCAGAAAAGCCCGAUUCGCCUUGUCCAGCGCAUGGGUCGAACCGGACGCAAGCGGCAGGGCCGGAUAGUUGUCAUCCUUUCGGAAGGACGGGAAGAACGAACUUAUAACCAAAGCCAGUCGAAUAAAAGAAGCCUUCUCAGAGCGAUUUCUGAAAACAAAGUGCUCCGCUUGUACCAGCACAGUCCGCGAAUGAUUCCCGAAGGCGUAAAUCCCAAGAUGCACAGGGUACUGGUCACACCACCGGAACCUGAGCAAGACGCUUCCCCACCCAGCCCCACAGAGGGAAGAGCAGUUGCCCUGCAGCGGAAGUGGCUACCCGGUUACGCUGGCCCCGGUGCAAAGCAAACUGAUUCCUCUGAAGGCUGGUGUCUUACAGCAGAAGAAUUUGAAGUGUGGAAUCGCUCAUAUAGAGUGAAAGCAGAGGAUGGAAUCAAACAACCAGUAAUGCCUCAAAGUAGUUUUGAAACACUGAAAGACGGGGAGGAGAAAAGGGACUCGCGAGCCGAAGGUGUGUACGAGCUUUCCCUGACAGAAUGGAGACUUUGGCAAAAUCGUCCUUUCCCUACUCACUUGGUGGACCACUCAGAACGUUGCGGCCACUUCAUUAGUGUUAUGGAAAUGAUAGAGCGAAUGAGGCACGAGGAGGGGGACUGCAGCUAUGAGUUGAAAAUUCAGCCUUAUUUGCACCGGGAAGACGUUGAUGCCUCCGCCCUGAAGAGGAGUAGAAGCGUUCUUGAUCCCGUAGCCGCUCCAAAGGCUUCCUCAUCCCGAAACUCCCCAGGGACUGUGUCAGUAGCAGACCGCCGCUCCUCCUCCCCGCAGGAUCUCGACGCAGAAUGCUUGUCUCUUUUCAAAGCAGCCAGCUUCAAUCCUACUAAACGGGCUCAGGCACUUGGCAUAGAGGCUGAGGGUUGCAGCGAAGAGAGCAGCAGCUUUUCCAGUCGUCCGCUGCUGUCUGAUGAAGACACCGGUCCUCGGGCCUUGCCAGAUGGAAACAGGGACUGCAGCCGCACGAGGGCCGGUCGUGAAGCGGCCGUGGCGAGGGGCUUCCCAGGGGCUGUUAAACGCUGCAGAUCACAGGAUGGCCACAGCGUAGACGCUGACUCCGGUUGCUUCUCGGAAGACAACUUGCUGGUUUCAGAUUCUCUGUUUUACCUUCCUGUACCGGUGAAGGAUUCGCUCAUGCUUCCUGUCCCCUCUGCUGUGGUGGACCCUUCUUGCGGAAGAGACGUUCUGAUAAGCGCAACCGGGCUUCUGUCACAAACCCCUCCGUCUUUGAACGAACUCCUUGAUUUUUUGCGAACAAACGACGCCCAGCAACCCGACUCCGAGCAAAAAUGUGUUUCCCAUAUGAACGUGUCCCAGAAGGUCUUGGAGAUCCUGUUAGUUCAUUAUUUGUACAUCAGGACAAAGCUUUGGAAGCAGUUGAUCGCGCAGGGGAAGCAGAUCUGCCUCCUGAAGAGAUGCACUGGAGACAGAGAGCACAAGAACCAAAACAGCGGCAUCCUGAUUGCUAUCGAAGGAGCCAGCAGUGGAAGCGAAGAUGAAGUUGUUUUUCUUGGGAAAAGUAAGAGGAAAAGAAAUGUUUUGAUAUCGCCAAAUUUGGACUGGUCUAGUGACGAGAGUGCCGAUUUUGUCAAGAAAGCCAACAGAAUUUGUGUGGCAGAGAGCGAGAAGCCAGGCAGAGGUGUGAAAAGGCAGAAGCGGUUGGACAGCAAUAUGACCAAGAAAGCAGCCAAGCAGUUCAUAGACGAAGAGGCGGCCCUUUCCGAUGACGGAGCAGCGGAAGUUUCGUCCGACGAGACGGUGGACUCAGAGGACGAACUGAUGAGCUCCUCCCUCAAUCAGUUUCUUAAUGACGAGACACAGAUUCUGCAAGGCUUGGACGAAUCUGAGAUGCAGGCGGUUUACCUGGAAUCUGUGCGCAGCCCAGCCAUCAGUAACAGGCAGGGCAGGACUAUCCGCAAACUGUGCGACCCAGCAGCUGUUUUCUCACAGGUUCCGGAGCUGGAUGAGAGCUACGUGGUGGACAGCUUCUGUGUCCAGGAGGGCGAGGAGGAGGAGGAGCGGCAGCCCCGAGGCAGCUCCAGUGAAGGGGAGGAGAUCUGUCUCAACUUUGACCUCUUAGGGGAGGAGAGUUUUGCAGAUGGGAGAAAGCAGUACUGCACUCGGCGCAGGAGGAAGCAGAAAGAGGCCCGUGCAGCAGAGAAGCCACGGGGUCUGCCGGGGCUGCAGAAGAAGCCCUCCCGGAUCCUCAUUUUGGAUGACUCCAGUGAAGACGAAGGAGACAUCCGCUCGGAGCCACCGGUGGAACCGCUGCCCAGCUCUAAAGCUGGGGCUGGCCGUUACUUGGCCCCGUCACGGGUUUUGGACAGCUCCCUCCACCGCGGAACUUCCACCCCAAAGGAUCUGGUCCCUCUACCCCAGGAGAACCGAACCCGGCUCCUGCUAGACCUGAAAGCUUCCUUGGCAGAAGAGCUGGACUUCCAGCCUCAGGGCAAAGGGCCAAGCAAGACUGAACUGCUCGGUGGGGACCUCCAGAGUUCAUUAAAGCUGCCCCCGGGCUCCCGGGGGAAUCCAGCGCCCCUCUGCAUUCUGGCGGACAGUCGAGAGAUCUCUUCUGGGCCCAACGUCAUUUCCACCCUGAAGGCUGUUCACGGCUUCAAGGUUGAGGUGUGCUCUCUGGGCAGCUGCGAUUACAUCGUCAGCAACCGGCUGGCGGUGGAGAGGAGGUGCCAAGCCGAGCUGGUGAACGGUGUGCAACGGAGCAAGGUGGCCCAGCGGGUGCAGCAGCUGAAGGGCAGCUUUGACCGGAUCUGUGUGAUCGUCGAGAAGGAGAGAGCCAAAGCAGGAGAGGCCCAGAGAGGCUUCCAGCGGACCAAGCACUACGACGGCCUGCUGUCGUCCUUCCUCCGCGCAGGGAUCCGGGUGCUCUUCAGUUCCUGCCAGGAAGAGACAGCCGAGCUGCUGAAAGAGCUGGCACUGGUGGAGCAGCGGAAGGGCGCUGCCAUCCUCGUGCCCACAGAGGUGCAGGGGCCCGGGCAAGACGCCCUCCGCUUCUACCUGAGCGUGCCUGGUGUCAGCUAUGUGACAGCAUUAGCCUUGUGCCACCGGUUCCGCUCUGUGGAAGAGGUGACAAACAGUUCUCCGAGCGAGCUGGUGGCCCGUACCCAGGUGACCCAGCAGAAGGCGGAGGAGAUCUACCACUACCUACACUACGCUUUUGACAAGCAGAUGCUGCCUGAGAGAGUCACGUGA